UUGAACACACACUGACAAACAUGACUGACUGCAUGAGCGCUGUUCCUUGUUGCAGGUUAUGAGCGAAGGUAAAGCAGAAUGGCACAAUCAAUUUCGGCAUCGAACAAUCCAGUAGUGGUCGCAGCGAUGUCAAGAUCGAGUACCGGUACGGACUUCUUCUCUAUUGGAAAUAUAGAUUUCCAUGUCCAGGGUCUGUAGGCAAGUCCACGUAAGCAGUUAUUACUGGUCAGCUGGCAAAAUGCGGCUAACAGUGGUGCGUGCAAUGGUUGGAGGUCUGGUGUCUGUGCUCAUCAUCCUGCAACUGAUACACCUGUCUAUGAUCUCCUGGCUAGAAAACAAAGCAACGGCCAUCACCAAUGGGCGCCGGUCUGCAGGCUCGGGGAGCCUGCCCAGCCGGAACAACCACUCCCUCCGGAGCCGGACUAAAAUCCAUCUGGAGGCUAAACUGGACACCACGGGGUCCUACAAAAUCUACCAUUCCUACAUGAAGAGUACUGCCGCUGUUAGUAGAAAGACUCACGAGGCACUGCCUUCGGACGUGACCCUAAUCACCCAGUGUUCCGUGAACAAUCUGUACCACCUUGUUGACCUAGUGGUACGGUGGCAGGGCCCGAUGUCCGUGGCCGUGUUCUCUGUAGGUCCAGACAUCAGUACUUUCAAUAACAUCUUGUUCACUUUGCGGGAGUGUUUUCCUGGCAUCAAAGAGAACGUUACCUUUCACCUUGUGCAGCCCAUCACUGAAAUAACGGAGACACUCAGCAGCAGCAGUGCCAAGGCCCUCCCUUUUACAAAAUUGCCUUGCGAGACGAUCCUGUCGAGCUUGAAAGAGCAGACCUUUCAAGCCACGUCUCAGACGAAAAACUACGCCCUGCAGGUCCCCUACCCCAAUAACGUCUUGAGAAACGUGGCGAGGAGCGGGGCCGACUCGCGUUUUGUCUUUGUCAUUGACAUUGACAUGUUGCCCAGCGCUCACUUGCGAACUCAAUUUUUGCAUCUGUCGCGGAGCAGCAUCAUCCUGCAAGAGGAGACCGAGUAUUCCAAAAGGACGGCAUUCGUGGUCCCAGCAUUUGAGAUUCAGAAGGGGGAGGAGGUACCACGUACUAAAGAAAGACUCGUCCUGGACGCUGCCAUGUAUGGACGCAUCAGACCGUUUUAUGUUGAAGAUUGUCCUCAUUGUCAUAACCACACUGACUACCAUAGAUGGGAGCGAUCAAAGGGAACUCCUGGUGCAGUGAACAUUGCCUAUACUGUAGAAUGGAAGCCAAUGUGGGAACCGUUCUACAUCGGUCACAGGGACGUGCCACUCUACGAUGAACGAUUCAAGCAGUACGGAUUCAAUCGCAUCAGUCAGGUGUGUGAAAUGCACGUAGCCGGCUACAACUUUGCCGUGCUGGACACUGCCUUUCUCAUCCACAAGGGCUUCAAGGAGAAGUCGGCCUACCACGCCCACAAACUCCAAGAGAACCGGCGGAACAAGGAGCUGUUUCUCCACUUUCAGGAGGAGCUGAAGGUCAAGUACCCGGAAUCGUCCAAGAGGUGCCAGACAUAGUAUCGGGCGGUCAGGUGGCACGGCAGACUUGGUGAGGCAGACAGAGAUGUGAUGAGCGGUGGAGAUGAAAUGAUGGGGAAAACAACCUGAUUUCUUUCUCUGGGGAAGUAAAUAGCGUGACUUGUUCACAAAAAA